GUCCAAGUUUAAUUAUUUUGCUACUUCGGAACGAAUGAAAGCGAUUUAUUCGUUUUGCUCGUGGAAAAGAAUCCCAUCAACUCGUCCCUAAAACCCUAAGCUCCGAGCCAAUCUCCCUCUCUCCUCGAUCCCAAUUGUCUCGUGGACAGAUUGUAUUGUUGUUAGAAGUAAGAAAUUAAGAGUAAAUGUUAAAAGGGAGGAAGGUUGCUGGCAGGGGAGAGACAGCGGCUCCUCACUAUGCUUUUGGUCCGCUUGAAGAUGACAUAAUAAUAAAGCACAGGCUUCUGACCCGUACGACAACAACAAGGGGUGAUCCUCCAUUGAGGAAACUACAGAAAAAGUUUACAGCUUUCGUGCUGGAAAUAGAGAAAGAAGCCGAUAACCACAGUGACUGUGAUAGACUUACCAAGGCUUUUUUACAGGAGAUUAAUACUUUUGAAAUUCCGCUUCUCAAGAGUAAAGCAGUUAUAGAUGCUAAUAAUAGAGAGAAAGAAAACUUCAACGAAUUGAAGGAUGAGAUAAAUAAGCAGAUUUUACAGGCGCAGGCCGAUAUAGAAGAUCUGAAGAAACAACUGGAAGAAAGCAAGACUGAGAGGCAGCACAAAGAGGAGUGUGAGGCUAUUAGGAAGUUAAUUGCUAUGCAGCCACCAAGAUCAGAGACUCAAAAAACCAUUACUGAUCUCGAGAAAGAGAUAGAAAUAUUAGAAGCAGAGAACACUGCUGGCUCAAGGACACUGGAACUUCGGAAAAAGCAAUUUUCUCUUCUGUUACACGUGGUGGAUGAAUUGCAGAUUAACAUUGAGGAAGAACAGAGGAAUUUAGUAGAGGAAAUGCGAACAUCAAUUGAUGAGAAUAGGACUGGAGUUGAGUAUGGCACUGAGGGUCCUGAAGCCAUGGCUCUUGAUUAGCUAGUAUAUUGCACUCCUUUUCUGGACCCUUUUUCUUCUCCGUUUUAAGUAUGGGAAACCAUGGAUGUGAGUUUGCAUCUCGGUAAACAAUGUAGCACAUUUUGAAAGGUGACGUGGACACGUCAGGUGUAUGGCCAAGCCUCAGCAAAUAUAUGGAUAUCUUUUUCCUCAUCCUAGAUUUGAUUAUAUAAGCUGUAAUCUGAUCAUUUGGUGCAAGAUUGUAUUCUGAACUGAAAUCCUACGGCUUGAGGCUUGUGUCUCUAGUAAUCUAAAUUUUAUAUAACCUGUGGACCUGCUGAGAUUCUCCUUAGAUGAUUUGUGCUUAUUUGACAUAGAAUAUUACUCUUAACUCUUAUCAUGAGUUCUGUAAUAGGUUAACCUGCAA